AUGGAUAACUUGGAGCAUAUAGCGAACUCUUCCUCCAGCAAUGAUCUGACUCAACUCUCAGAGAAGGCUCCUAAGGACACCGCCCCUCAUUUGAACCCGUGGAAAGUCGCCGCUGCACAACAGACUUCUACUUCCACUACUACUAUGAAGCAAGAUACUUCCUCUGCCGCUGCUGCUGCUGCUGCCGCUACAUCAACGUCAACGGCGAUGGAUCCCUCUUCUUCUUCUGAGGAAACAAACCUCAAUACUGGGGACUCUAUCAUUCCAAAUACACCGGAUGAGAAACAACAUCAUGAACAGGAGAAUAACGCUAUGAAGGCUACGACAAAUUUUAAUAACAAGAUAAGAAGGAGAAGAUCGCUAUCGUUACCUUCCAUAUUGCAUCAUACCCAUCCACCGCUAGGGUAUGCUCCCAAGAACUAUAAUCAUGUGAAGAGACUCGGUUCUUUAAGAAAUAAUAAUAAUAUUAACCCUCAGGGAAAAAAUCUUAUAUUUCGACGUAAGGAGAAAAAACAUAUACAAAAGCAAACUGAUUUGACUUUAAUACCAUUAUCGGGAACAAAUACGAAAUUUAUGCAACCCACUGAUUUAUCAAAUCUUAAAGUAAAGAAAAAUAUUGGAACCAUUAUGGAACCUCCCUUGAGACCACAACCGAAAAAUCAUCUACUUUUGCCACCAAUUAAUCCAAGUUUCUUAAGAGAAUUGGAUUUGAAAGAUAUGAUUACAAAUGCUCAAUUGAGACAUGAUAUAAUUUUUGAUCCAUCUUUAAAAUUUAAACAAAAUUAUGAUGAUAAAUAUGGUUCCAAGAGAAAGGCAAGAACUGAUGCAUAUUGGGAUUUAAUUAAAACGGAACUAAUAAUUAAUACUCGUAAUAAUAAUAAAAAAAAUCAAAUCCAUCAUAAUCAUAUCCCAAAUAUUCAUUCUAAUAACCAAUCUUUAUUAUUCUUACUAUUUGAUACUUUAAAGGAUACCAUAUUAACUAUAAUACCGAAUUGGAAAUAUGAUAUUCAAUCAUAUGCUGUCAUAUUACAACAGUAUUUAGAUCCAACUUUACUAGUACAAGAAAUUUAUGCUGGUGCAUUUGAUGCAGUGGAUUUUGCCACAUGUUUAACAAAUAUUCUUAGACAAAUUUGUGCACCAAUAAGAGAUCCAUUUUUGGAAACCAUUGAAGAAACUUUUAAAAUGGCACAUGUAUCAAAUUCUGUAUCAAAAUUUAUUGAUGCAUUAAAAUUAACUUUCCAUACACUAGAAUUAAUGAAAUUAGAUAUUGCCAAUCAUGAAUUAAAAUUACUAAGACCAACAUUAUUGGAAAAUACCAUUGAAUUUGAAAAACAAUACUUUACUGUUCUUUUUGAAAAUGAAGAUCCUCAUUUAACAUCAUCCUUAGCAUGGUUUCAAGAUGCAAUACUAAAAUUAGAUCCACCAGUGAAAAUAACAUUUGGCAAUAUAAGGGCCAAAUUUAUCUAUAGAGCUUUUAUUAGAUGUACCAUUAACCUUCUAUCAUGUUGUCAAAUUGUGGAAAAAUUCCCAGGUGCAUUAUAUUUUGAUCAUUCAAGAUUAAUGUCAUUACGUGUUGAUGUAAGACAUUUAAUUUGUCAUUACAUUUGUAAAUUACUUUAUAAACUAAUGAUCUCCAAAGAUGAAAAUUUAAAUGAUAAAUUAAAGGAAAAUUUAUUAUCAAAGAAUAAUAUGGAUAAAUUAAUGAAUGAAUUGGAAAUAAUUAUUACGGAUCAAUAUGGUCAUUCUAAAUGGACAAAGAACACAUCUUGGAUUGCAACACAUAUUUGUAAGACAAUAAGAGACCAACAAACAGUAAAUCCACCUUUGUCAUCAUCCUCAUCAUCCUCAUCUUCUUCUUCUGAUUGUCUCAGAGAAGAGGAUGUUCAAUUUGCUAAUUCAUGGCUAACGACCCAAUUUGAUCCUGCAAGUAAGAUUUACACAAUUUUAGAAAAGAAAUUAUUCGACAGUUUGGAAUUGGAAAUAUUCAAAAGAUCUCAAUGUGACGACUAUGGAUCCAUAGUAGACGAUUUUCUUUACAGUUUCAAUGAAGAACCAGAAGAUGGUAAGAUUACAAAGAUAAUAAUGGAUCCACGUAACGUGAUUUUUGAAACUUUUGAAAAGAAACAGUAUGAAAAGGUCCUUGCAUACGUCCAAGCCAUUGCUAACUUCCAAUGGAGUGUAUUUGGGACCCAAUACUUCUUAGCAGCCAGAGGUACCUGCCUAAUGAAUCAAUGA